AUGCUAAUCAGGAUAAAACUCUAUGAUAGAGAGGGCAGAGGAGAAAAGAUGGAAUCGUUUUUCUUGGCAGAAACAACGAAAUAUCUUUAUUUGAUAUUUGACGAGAACAACUUCCUCCAUAAUGAUGGACAAAAAGCGAGAAUAGUGGACACUCCCAAUGGGGAAUGCGUCGUGGAUGCCGGUGGCUAUAUAUUCAAUACUGAGGCGCAUCCUAUCGAUCCUGCUAUUGUGCACUGUUGUUCAGCCCAAAGGCAGGCUGAACGUGAAGCUGUCAGACAAUGGGAAGAUGAUUACGACUUACUUUCAAUUCUUGAUCAUCGCGAUACUGUUUCUCCAGUGCUGCUUCGUAAGGUGCGUUUUUCUCUUGGUCCCUUCUGGACCCUUUCUUGUAAGAAUUUGUAA